AUGAUCUCCAGCUUGAUCUUUCUCCUUCUUUGUGGAAAUAUUGCCCUAACCCUGGGAAAUGCACAGAAAUUGCCAAAAGGUAAAAAGCCAAGCCUGAAACUCCAUAUCAAUACCACAGGUGACUCCAUUCUCAUGAAGUUUCUUCGUCCAGAUCCAAACACCAAACUAGAGGGUUUUGUUUUGGGAUAUGGCAGCAAUUCUCAGUCCAACCAAUAUUUCCCAUUGCCUUCAGAAGGGAAGUCAUCAGAGGCAGAAGUUGAUGCAGAGCCUAAAUAUUUGAUAGUUGUGCGACCUGUACCCCCUCCAAGCCAAAAGAAAACAUGUUCAGGUAAAUCUCGUACCCGAAAACCUCUCCAGAUGGUAGUUGGCACUCUGUCACCAAGCUCAGUCUUUCUGUCCUGGGGUUUCCUCAUCAACCCACAAUAUGAUUGGAACUUGCCAAGUCAGUGUCCCAAUGACAGAUUAUAUACAGUUCGCUAUCGGGAAAAAGAUAAAGAAAAAAAAUGGAUUUUCCAAAUCUGCCCAGCCACUGAAACAGUAGUUGAGAAUCUGAAGCCAAAUACCAUUUAUGAAUUUGGAGUGAAAGAUAAUUUAGAAGAUGGACUCUGGAGCAGGAUUUUUAAUCACAAGACUAUUGUAGGAACUAAAAUUAAAGGAAAUGGGAAAAUUCAAAGUACCUAUGACCAGACAUAUACGGUGCCAGCAUACAUCCCAAAGAAGAUAAUACCCAUUACAGUUAUCAGACAAGUAAUUCAGAACGUCACACAUCGAGCAGCAUCAAAAUCUCCGGACAGGCCUUCUGUAGGAGGAACAAUACUAGUCCACCUAAUCAUUCCUGGUCUGAAUGAAACAGUUCUGAAAGAUCCUCCACCUGUCAUGUUGGAUAUUUCCGAAACAGUCAAGACACCACUGGCUAAGAAUGAAACCUUGGCAAUACCUGCUGAAUCUAAAACACCAGAGGUGGAAAAAAUACCAGCAAAGCCUGUAACAGUAACAAUGGAAACUGUUCGAAGAACCACAAAUCCUGCAGUGACUAGCAUCUUAGAAAUUUCAGAAACUACUUUGGCUCCAAACAGGCUUCCAGAAUUACCUCAAGGCAAAACACCUCCCCCUCUGGUGAAACCUAAGGCCACAUUGGCUUCAGAUGAGAUACAAUGGAUUGCUUCAACAACCAAAACACCUGAUGGUCCAAAAGUUCUGCAGCCCCACACUGUAACCUAUGACACACAGCCUGUUUUCUCAAGCUCUCCAGCAACAGAUGAGCCUGAAAAAUCCAUGACCCAAACAGCAGCAACAAGUCAUUCUACUCUGGACUCUGACCCAUCUAAAACUUCUAGAACAAUUGAACAGCCAAGGGCACCACUGGCUCCAAGUGAAAUGCCACUUCUUCCUCAAAAACCGAAAACAUCUGCUAUUCCUGAAAUACAACAUACUACACUUGUGAUAAGCUCAACCACUUCAAUAUCUACACCAAAGCCCAAACCAACUUCUUUUGAACUUGAAAGACCACCAGCAACAACGGCUUUUAAAGAGACACUUCAUGUUCCCCCCAAACCAACAACUUCCCCAGGCCUGGAAGUAUCACAACUAACUACUGCCCAGGAGUCCAUUAGUAUUGAAACUUCACCUGCAACACCUUCACCACUGUCACCAACAACAAUGGCUCCUCCAAAAUCAAAACGACCGGAUCGUUGGCGUCCUAAAACCACACCUUCUCCCAAAACACCCCACACCAAACCUGCCCUGGAACCUGUCACACUAAAAACUGAAACAACAGGGACUACAAUAGCUUCCAAACCAGCCAGACCCAGACCUAAAGGUCCUAAGGUUAAAACCACACCAAGUACAACAGCUUCACAGACCACACCUGCUCCCAAAGUGACUACUACAAAGACAAGGCGUCCACGGCCACGGCCACGGCCACGCCCAAGCCCACGUCCACACCCACGCCCACAUCUACCCCAAACUACUACACCAAGUACUGAAGGACCUCAAACCAAACCUGUUUCUAACAUAGAACUGGAAUCCAUUGCAUUUAGCACUGAGUCACCAAAGGCAACCAUAGCUCCAGCAGAAACACAUUAUGUACCUCCUAUCCCUAAAACAUCACAGCGCCCUGAUGAGCUACAAACCAAAGCUGUCCUGGAAUCUAUUACAUCUGUAUCUGAGCCAUCCAUGGAAACAAUAGCUUCCAUAGCGACAACUUCUCUGCCUUCCAAAACUUUAGCACUGCCCAGGCCAGAUGUACCACAGACAAAACCUGCUCCAAAACAGACAACACAUGCUUCACCCAAAAUGAAAACAACCCAAAGCUCAGUCAAGCCGGCUCCUACAAGUUCACAACCUGUUGCUUCAAAACCGAAAAUAUCACCAAGCCCGUAUGUGUCACCGACUCUACCUGCUCCUAGGGAUGUACAUAAACCAGGCCCAGAUGUCUCUCAGACCAAACCUGUCCUGGAACCUGUUACAUUUAGAAUUGAACCACCAAAGCCAACAAAGGCUUCCACAGGGACAAAGGACAUUCCUUUUAAGCCUAAGAUCUCACCAAGUCCAAGUCAAACCGUACUACAAACCACUAAGGCAGAAACAAGCCAAUCCACACAGCAGCCAGCUACCACAAAAGCUCCUCGAACACCUAAGCGAAUAAAGACAACUCAGGGCAAAAAUAGGACAAUGACUGGAGCUGGUAGACCCAAGCCCAAUGGAAUUUCACAAGACACAGUUUAUAAGCCGAUCUCUGGAGAUGUUCUCAAGCCCUUUGAUGCUCCCAAAAAUGUUUCACUGGAUGCUAUAAAAAAAACAGCUAUAAUCACUGAUGCUCCUCACUCCACCUUACCACCUCCUAAACCAACACAGCCCAGAAGAAAACCUCUACCACCAAACAAUGUGACCGGCAAGCCAGGAAGACCAGGAACCACCUUGUUACCCCGAGUAACCGCCCCUCCUCCAAAGGUGACUGUCAAACCUACUGGACCCACUGUGCCAAAGAAACCUGAAACCGAGAAAAAGCAGCCAACAGCCUCUGUUUCUGGAGAAUCCGGUAACUUUACUGACUUUAGUUCAAGCCCCACAAGAGAGACUGAUUCUGGGGGGAACCAGCGGUUUGUGGCUUCUCACGUGAAAUACAUUCCAAAGCCUGAGGAUGAACCAUGUUCUAUCACUGAUUCUGUGAAGCGGUUCCCAAAAGAGGAGGUGUCAGAAGAAAGCCCCACAAGCCCACCCCAGAAUCCUCCCACCAACCUCACUGUGGUCACAGUGGAAGGAUGCUCAUCGUUCGUCAUACUGGACUGGGAGAAGCCACAAAAUGACACAGUCACCGAAUAUGAAAUUAGAUCCAAAGAAAAUGGAGCACCUACUGGGAAAAAGGAGGCUAUUCAAACUACAAAUCAAACCUUCUCUACAAUAGAAAAUCUAAAACCAAAUACCAGUUAUGAAUUCCAGGUGACACCCAGAAAUCCUCUUGGUGAAGGCCCACCUAGCAAAACUGUGGCAUUCAGUACUGAAUCAGCGGAUCCAAGAGUGAGUGAGCCAAUUUCAGCGGGAAGAGAUGCCAUCUGGACUGAAAUACCCUUUAACUCAGACUCUUAUUCAGAAUGCAAAGGCAAGCAGUAUGUCAAGAGAACUUGGUACAAGAAGUUCGUAGGUGUGCAGUUAUGCAAUUCUUUGCGAUACAAGAUUUACCUGAGUGAUUCACUCACAGGAAAAUUUUACAACAUUGGAGAUCAAAGAGGUCAUGGAGAAGACCACUGCCAAUUUGUGGAUUCCUUUUUAGAUGGUCGGACUGGGCAGCAACUCAGUUCUGAUCAACUGCCUAUCAAAGAAGGCUACUUUAGAGCAGUUCGCCAAGAACCAGUCCAAUUUGGAGAAAUAGGUGGUCACACUCAGAUCAAUUAUGUCCAGUGGUAUGAAUGUGGAACUACGAUACCUGGAAAAUGGUAGAUGCUGCAGUAGUGAUGAGAGAUGCCUUCUUUUUCAUCAAGGAAAAAAAAAAGUUGGAAAUGUUAUAGUAUUUGUGCUACAUAAACCUUCUGUUUACUAUGUAUAGAAAUUUAAAAUGGAAUUAAUGGCAAUAUUAACUGUUUAUUAAUAGGCUGCUUACUAUAUUUAUCAGGUUUUACAAAGUCAUUUAAAUAAAGUAAGAUAUAGGCAUUAAAGAGAAUUUGGGAAGCUGGCUCCCUGCUCUUGGUAUUUUAAAAGAAACAGUUUGUAUGUUAUUUAUCACAGUGUUGUAAUAAAUGUUUUGAGGCA